AUGGAUUGGUCCACCAUGAUUCCUGACCUCUCGAAACGCAUCUCCGACAAGCUCCCUCACUGCUUCGAUUACUUCAAUUUCCGUCUGGUUUGCGCCCACUGGCGCUCCGCCGCCCGGCCCAAAAAAUUCCCAACCAUGCUCGUCCUUCCAUCCGAUUCCGACUCCGCCGAGCUCCCCUUCUUCGACCCCUCCGACGGCGGCGUCCACUUCCACCCCCUGCCGGUAUCAGCCCGGAACAAGAUGAUCCGCGGCGCGUCCCGUGGCUGGCUCGCCCUCAUGGACGUGCCCACCAAGUCCGUGUCCCUCGUCAACCCUUUCACCGGAGGCGAGUUCCCCCUCCCGCCCACCCCCAACCAGCUCUUCCUCGACUUCCAUGGCUGCGACGACAGCGACCUCGACAGCAGCCUCUGUGGUGACGUUGAUGGCGACGGGACCUGCGGUCAUCGGUGCACGGAGCAUUAUUACAUCGGGGUUGUAGUCAUGUCCUCGGCUCCGAACUCGGGGACAGAGUGCAUGGUAGUGGCUCAAGAAAUAACCCGCGAUCAGUUAUGUUUCUGCCGGCCCGGCGACCCCAAGUGGACUCCCAUCUUCCCCUCCUCUGAAAUCAACCUCUCCUGUGAAAUCCGGCGUCGCGUUCUGCGACGGCAGAUUUUAUGCCGUGGAUCGCCAUGGAAAAAUCUUGGUCCUGGAGUUUGGCCCUCCUGA